AUUGACUCAGCUGUAUGAGCGUGCAAAAGCGUAUCCGUCUGACAGGUUAACACUGGCGCGAAGUCAUCGGUAUUCAGUACGCCGUAGCUCACCCGGUGAUAAACAUCCACAACCCCUCUCUUGUCUCUCUCUCUCUCUUCCAUUCCCGAGGAACCAGUGGAAUAUUGAUACCUUCAAAGUCUGGUACAUAAAUGUGAGAUUUUACAGUCGAUCCUCUCAUCUUGCUCACGGCUUUUUCUCCAAGUACAUCAUCAAGGUUUAACCGAUACUCGAGGAACUUUGAAAAUAUCAACCCUCAACAAGCCAGCCAGCAUAAUUUCCUUCACUGGCAGACGACAUCGCAUCUCGGUGAAUUUUGUGCUGCCAUUCACAAAUCGGAUUACGCGCGCUUUAUUUCAUCGCUCACAAAGUCAUUUCAUACGCAGCCCUCGGUCCAUUUCUGGAUUAAUAUUUAAAUCAAAACGACCGUUUUCUUUAUCUUUUUAGCUAAUUGAACGCUAAACACACCGCACCAUGCAGGGGCAAAAGGACACCACUUUCACCAAAAUAUUUGUCGGCGGGCUGCCGUACCACACCACAGACAAAUCUCUCCGUGAUCAUUUUGAGCAAUAUGGUUUGAUUGAAGAGGCAGUCGUCAUCACAGACAGGUCGUCGGGAAAGAGCAAAGGAUACGGAUUUGUUACCAUGUCAGAGCAGAGGGAAGCAGAAUCAGCGACGAAAGAAGCCAACCCCAUCAUCGAUGGCAGGAAAGCAAACGUCAAUCUGGCCUUCCUUGGAGCUAAGCCCAGGAAUAACCCCACCACAAAUGGAGUUGACAUCCGGACAUUAGCGGCCAUGCGAAACGUUGCAGGACACCCGUUUCAUCAAACGGCAAUUUUCCAAUCAUCACCCUAUGGGUGACAGUAACCAUGGUAACGAAACUACGCCCACUUCACAGUUGCCAUGGCGCUGAACCACGCCCAUGACAACCAUUUGCCGUUAAAAAGGCCGCAAUUAAAGGUUCGAGAGAAUGCGUGAUUUUUCUUGGAGUUUUGUGAAGUGAAAUUCUAGAUUUUUUUUUACUUUGACAUUUUUGUGGCGUGUGAGUGCCAUAUGUAUCAAACUGUUAGCUCGUCCCUUCAGUGUUUCAUUGCUGAACACAAACCAAUUAUUAUUCUCUGUGUCUUUCAAGUUGAUUGCUUUGUUUCUUGUUUCUGUUUUUCAUUUAUUUUUUUGUUGAUCUAUUUUCCUUCUGUAUUCAUUUAUUUAUUUACCUUAUCCAUAUCUUCGCGAUUUUGCAGUGGUGUGUGAUGUGAAUUCUGCUAAAAAUCCAACUCAAAUUCUUUCCACUAUAAUUUCAAAAUAAAGAAAAAUAUACUUUUCUAAACAGGGGACUACGUGAUAAUGCACUUGAGAUUCCAAAUAGACAUAAAUAGGAUUCCUUUGUCCGGGGAAACUGGUUGGUUCCAAGUUAAAUUCUACUUCAAUUUGCCUCGUAGUUUUGGCGCGCCAAAAUUUGGGUUGCCUUUCCAAAAUCAUUUCCCCUGAUUGAUUCGUUAUGACUCUCGCCCCUCUUUGAUUGCUAUAAACUCUCAAUAUCAAAUUUUUCUAUGCAUGUUUAGAGUGUCUUAGAAUCGAUUGACAAUUGAUUGUUUUUGGCGUCUAGUGAAAAUUUGUCCGAUUUUUUUUAUAGUAUCUAUAUCUUUGCAGCUAGCGUAUUCCUUUCUUAUUUUGUGUUGUUUAAAGUGCCUUCAAUUUUCUUGUGAAACAAACCUUGAAAUUCUUUUACUCAUGCAUACACCUACAAAUUGAUGCCGUAAGAUAUAUUUUUGUUAUAAUGUGAUAGGUAUCGUCUUGAUAUUAUUCAUCAUCAUGAUCAUUUUGAAUACGCCUUUUGCGAAAUAAUUAUCAUGAGUAAAUCAGAUGAAUUGUAUUACAAUUUGUUAUUAUGCAUGGUCAGGGCAUGCAUGGUACUAACUUGUUUCCCCAGUUUUGAAAUUCUAUUGCCAUUUUUUAUAUAUAUAUAUUUUGAGCACUCUUUUUGAGGUGGGACGUUUUAGAAAAUGAAUUAUAUCCUUUCAUUCACCAUUAUGUGUAUUAGAAAUAGGCCUUGCAAUGAAUUCACAGAACUCACUGCUCCAAUAUUGUUAAGAUCUUUAAUGGAAAAAAAUGUUUUAGGAGAUCAAUUAAUUACUUUUGUUCGUGUAAAUGUUCAUUUUCAACAAAGUAUCCGCUGCUUGUUGUUGCACUGCAAAAACAGCGGUGUUUAGCGACACCAGUCGGAGAGGACCACACCAAGCACUUAACACCAUUGUUUUCAACACCAUUUAUAUAGUGUCAUUUCAGCACUAUUUGAUAUUAUGUUCAAACACCAACGGUGUAUAUUUUAACACCUUAGGAUGUGGUCCUCCCAGAACACCGACUCGUGUUGUUUCGACACUUUUGUUUUCAGAGGGGUGUCUUUAUGGCAAAUAAAUCAAACCAUUUUAUUCUUUUGUGUCGGUGUAUAACUUACAGUCCUGCACACAGUGAACAGGUAAGCCUUGUCAAAUUGUGUAGCAUCUCUAGAAUCUCUAAAUGGAAACCGAAAUAAAAGUCAUUCAUACCAGUCCCAAUCAAAUAAGAAAAAGCAACAACUCCACCCCCCAAAAAAGAAUGCAUUCAAGAAAUCAGAUUUUAGUAUAAAUCAUGAUGCAUGGUUGAGAGAUGGUGCUUAUUUUGAUACAAUUGAUAUAUUUAAAUGAUAUUGCAGGCAUACUUUAGAAAAGGGGUCUAUUUGUAUCAUUUUAAAAUGUAAAUAACAUUUUCAUUCUUCAUAAUUGUUAAAAAAAUAUAGACAUGAUGGUAGGCCUUUUACAUGUCUUUGUUCUUUCAGAAGUGGUUUUAUUUCAUCUCUGCAAACAUAAAGUAAAUUAUUGUUUUUCUAUGAGGGAUGGAUCCAAUAUGAUAUAUAUAUUUUUUUUGGGGGGGGAUAUUUUUUUUCUAAAAUCUGUAAAAAAAAAAUCAUACUUCAAAAAUGGGGAUGAUUAUUGAACUAAUUUCUGCACUUCCUCCAAAGGUUCACUUCAAGACAGUUGCCCGCAGGGUAUACUGUUCAGUGAUGCCCCCAUUUCUAACCAUCCAUAAAGUUCAGCAGAACAACUUCUUAUAAUCGAGCCCCCACAAGACUCGUAUUGCCUGUGUAAAGCAUCCGAUGGAAUUGGCACUGACGGCUUGUGAAUUAUUUAGGGGACCCUUGCACCAUGAGUAUUAUCAUUUCCGUCAUUACCCGAUCCUUAAAUAGGCAACGUCAAAUUGCCCUCAAUCGAUUUUACAGAUAUUCUAAUCUCUUGCUUGUAUUUCCCUCCUUAUAUUUAUCGCUAAACCAUGAAAAAUUAAACAGUCUCCUAUUCCCCGGACGAAUUAGAAAUAUAUCGACCGAAACCCGUGCUGAUGGUUAUUGAUUCUAUAUCUUUUAUGACAAAUAUAGGCCUAUAUACCUUUCCUACUCUUGGCUGAUAAAAAUAAAAGGCAUGCAGAUUAUAUACUCCAUUUUUAAUGAUGAAGUGCCGAAGACAAAAAGAAAUGGUUUUUAAAAAGGAGAAUAACUCGGAAGAAAAUGGGAAAGAAGAAAUAGAUUAAGAUUGGGCAGAAAAGGAAAAGAAAAGGAAGAAAAAGAAGAAGAAUAAUUAAGAUGAAGAGAAAGAGGAGGAGGAGAUAUAAGUAAAAAUUGAAGAAGAUAAGUGAAAAGGGGAGCAAAAAUAUCGAACGAUCUUUCGUACACCCACGAUGAUGGGAGUAUCUUAUCGAUAAGGAUUAUCGAAAUGAAAGGGUUGAUUGAUGGCGGUAUUGUGUGAAAUAAUGAUAACUUUCACGCUUAUCUAUCUCUAUGAGAAACACCCCCCCCCCCUUCUCUUUUAAAGUAGAAUUAUAUCUUAAAAAAAAAGAAACCAUCGAUUCAGGGGGGGGGGCUAUGUGCAUAAUCACGAUAAUAGGGCAUAAUUUAUUGAUUUUGAAGAUAGAAAAGUCACAUGUUUUUGGAUUCAAUAAAACCCGGGAUAAAAAGAGCUAGAAAUAAAAUCAAUUUAGCAGAGCGCAUGCGCAAUCACAUGCGAUCAGCUGAUGACCGACGUUCAAGAUCUUGGAAACUCUUGCCUGAAACGAUAGUAAAGUCUUAAAUAUCACAAUGAAAGAGUUUGAAGGUUCCGCCAGUUGAAUGGUAGUUUAAAGAAAAAAACCCGCCCACUUCAUUUUGAAAUAAGGUAAUUCAAAUUCACUCUUUGACAAUCUGUUUAUGUACUGAAUCAUUCAACUCGCAAGAAUAGAUUACAGUCCCAUGUGCAGUUAUUUGUGUUAGUGAUAUCUGGUGAAGAUGUUGAACUAGUCUGACUGAAUCUGAGUGACUGAUAUUGUUAAACAUUUCUUCAGAUAAAAAUUUCACGUUAUGUUGUGAAUGUAGCUUAAAAUUGAUUGAUUUAUGGUCCAGCAUGGUGAAGUAGAUCUAGGUAGGCCUACUACUAGUUAGAAAACUAAUGAAAUAAUUACGAUUUCUUCAAUUGCCUGUAUAAUAACUUGAGUCAAGACGGUCUUGAGCAGUCAUCUGAUCGAUAAUACGAUAGACAAUUUUAGGGCCUAAAAAGUUAAAAAAAAUCUAAUACAUGGAAUAUUAACUAGUCAGUCUAGGAGUCAGGACUAAAGUAGAAGACUAAGUUACACUUUUCUUCAGGAGGGUUGGAUUCUGAGUUGCUGAAUAGAACUUCUUGUAACCAACAAAUAAUUAACGUCGCUGACUAGGUUUUGAUAUCUAUGCCUCCAAUUCUUUAUACCUGACAAGAAUAGAUUUAUUAUUAAGUCCAUCAAUGAUGACAAGAACUGAUACAUCUCUA